UUUAUGCAAUUCAAAGUAAAAAAUGUGUUAAAAUAAUACAAAAUUAGGAAUCAAUUUACUUUUGUUCGAUAGACCACCUUGACUUGGCCUUGAGAUGGUCCAGAAAUGAAUGUGACUUGCAGGUAUAUUGCCCGAAUGUUACUUGCAGGUACAUAUAUUGGCCCACUGGCGGACAAUGGCUUUUUUCAAAGAGAAUAAUCCAUUGAAUUCGCGUCUGGUGAAUUUGAUGGCCAUUGUGUGGACGUUAUGAAGUUCGGAACGUUGUUUUUUUAACCAUUCUUGGUUCAAUCGAGCUUUGUGAGACGGUGCCGAGUCCUGUUGAAACGUACAUGACCUGCCACGGAAAUGUUUGUCUGCCCACGGCUUCAAAUCAACCUCCGAAAUACUUUAUCGAUAAAAUUUCUCAUUUACCUUGACGACAGGCUCAAUGAAAACGAUUGAAGUGCGCCCAUCUGCGGUUACAGGUCAGAUAUUUUCAGUUCUUUCGCCAUAUGACUGGUACUUCCUCAAGGAUUUCACUCAAGUCGCUUCUUCACUUUUCGAACCAUUUCUCGUGACGUUGCAGUCUUUUAAUGACCACUUCCAUGACGUUUCGUGAUGCUACCAGUAACAAUGUAACGGGUAAUGGUGCGAUAAACGAAAACUUUAUUUACUUUAAGGUACUUGAGCUCACGAACAAUCGCUGGUUGGGAUUUUCCAGCCAAAUAUCAUAUAAUGCAAUCACACUAUUACGUUUGAAAUCUAUUACUGAUUUUCUUUUUUCGCGUUUACUCUCGACAAAAUGCUUCCGCGCGCUUGUAAACAAUACUCUGGACUGUCAUUUAGCCAACUAACAGACAGCCGAUGCACGAGCGGUCUGAAGUUGGUGCCGGACUCUGUAAGUUCGAGAAAAUUACUUUUGAAAAGCGAACCACUACGAAAGAAGGAAAUAUCUACGGCAAUUUCUUUUCACAACUCGCGAAAAAGCUAUCCAGAUUGUAUUGGUUCAUUGUGCUUGUGAUAUCUGUAUAUUUUGCGAUUUCGCUUAUUUGGGCUACUUACCUCAAAUGGCAAGAUACACCGGUCAUUUUGGGGUUCGAUGAAACCCUUGUGCCCGUGCAUAAGAUACCCUUUCCCACAAUUACCAUAUGUCCGGAAAUAAAAAUGGAACGCAAUGUAUUCGACUUUCCGAACACGUCGAGUCGCAUUUUGGAAGAGAUACAAAAAUAUGGAAAAUUUGAAAAUUUGGAAAAUUUAAGCGAAACAGAACUGGAGCAUUUUAUGUCCACUUUGCACAUUUGCGAAUCGGAUGUGGUACGUCGCUUUGCGCAAUUUUUACCAAAAGACAUUAGACCGAACAUUGCACAAACCCUGGUCGACAUCUCUAUUUCGAAAAAUGAGACUGGCCCAUUUUGUAAGUGGAAUGGGCGAUUUUAUUUCUGCGAUAAAAUUUUUAAUUUUGUACCAACUGAUGAGGGUAUUUGCUAUCAGUUCAAUGGACUCCAGGCCAAAGAUAUAUAUCGGGAUGUGGGCUUUAUCAAUUACUAUGACGAGGAAGUGGUCGAUUUCAACAAUUUCUUCGAAUCUCUCCCGCGCUUCAACAAUUUGUCAGGCAAUUGGUCACUGGAGGAGGGCUAUGUUGAUCAGGGCUAUAACUCCUAUCCACAGCGAACAGCGUUCUCAUCGGCACGAAAUGGAUUUUUCGCUUUUCUGCAGGGUUUCGAGCAUAAUUUUGAAUAUGCUUGCAGGAGUUUUAAGCAAGGUUAUAAGGUUUUCCUUACAUCCCCUGAGAGUGUGCCGGUGACAACGGGUAAUUACAUUUUAGUGCCGCACGGCGACGAGGUGAUGGUUAGCGUGCUGCCGCAUUAUGUAAUAUCCACGGAUAAUCUGCACGACUUCAGUCCAGAGAAACGCCAAUGCUACUUCAACGACGAACGCUAUUUGCGUUAUUUCCGCUUCUAUUCGCAAUCCAAUUGUCAGGUGGAGUGUUUGACCAACUAUACUAUAAAUAAAUGUGGUUGCGCCAAAUUUUGGAUGCCAAAGCCUCAUGAUGUGCCUGUGUGCAGCGUGGAGGACAUAAGCUGCUAUGAUACCGCUCAGUCUGAACUACGCAUCUUAAUUCAGAAUCAAACUAUACAAGCCACUAUGGAUCCAAGCAUGAAAAUCAUUUGCGACUGUAUGCCAGCUUGCACUUCACUCGAUUACAAUGUGGAAAUUUCAAGCGCACGCUAUGAUUUGGCUAAAACAAUACAAGCCUUCCGAGAAGUCUACGAACAUACCGACUUUUUGGGUUCGCGCUUAUCGGUUUACUUCAAGGAGCAUCAGUUCACGGCAAUCAAACGUACGGUGUUGUUUAGUGUUGCCACAUUGAUAGCCAAUUGGGGUGGCAUUUUGGGCUUGUUUAUGGGCAUAUCCAGUUUGAGUCUGAUCGAAUUGGUGUACUUUUUCUCGGUGCGUUUGUUCGACAAUUUGCGUAAGCGGCGUCAAACCAAGAAACGUUUGAUGAAAUUGGAAGCAGGACAUGAGAGUUAAAUGGUGACAAGAACUGCAUAAGAGAGCUAAAUUCAAAGCAGCUUUAAAAAUAUCUAUGCACAUAACAAUUC